CAACUUCCAAAAUGUCAGAAAUCAACCGUCUCAAGCGCAGCAAGACCACAGCUGGAUCUGUUAGCAACGCACGCGACUCCUUCCAGCAAACCGACUCUCUUAACCGUUCCCACUCUGUCCGAAAGGUCGAAGGAUCCGGAUCUCUCAGAUACGCCUACAGCGGAUCUUCUGCUGAGGGCGAAGAAAAGGUACCGUCCCAAUCCUACUACGAGAGCAAAGCCCUCCCAACCCCACCACGCAAGAAGUCCACUCCUCUCGCCUCAUUUGAUGAGGAGGACUGGGAAAGUGCUGUGGAUGAAUCGUACAAGCGCGGAAAGUUUUGUGAUCGCGAUGAGCAGUCUCUUGCAAUGGACGUGGAGCAUAAGACGAUCCAGCCGUCUGUCUCGUCUCGACUUCUGCCCAGAAGUAAGGCCGCACGAGGUAUCUAA